AUGAAUAUUUUUAACAACGAUACAGGGAUUUUCCGGGGUUUAGUUUCUAGCCCGGUGGCUCGGUUUUCCGAGCGUUCUGAUUCGGUUACCGAUUUCAACGAUGAUCUGUCUGAUGAAGAAAUGGGUAUAGAGGAGCUUGAGAAGGAGAUAUGGAAAGACAAGCAGCGUUUAAAGCGGCUCAAGGAGUUGGCGAAGAUCGGGAUCAAUGAAAGAAUGUUGAAGCAGCCUGAUGAUUGUCAAGAACAUUCGAGUAAGAGGAUGAUGUACAAGACACAAGAUGGUGUCUUGAAGUACAUGUCUAAGGCAAUGGAGCGUUGUAAAGCUCAAGGUUUUGUUUAUGGGAUCGUGCUAGAGAACGGGAAAACGGUAACUGGAUCUUCUGAUAAUCUCCGCGAAUGGUGGAAAGACAAAGUGAGAUAA